CCCAGACUCGGGUCAUUGACAAAGGAACUAGCGGAAUUUCAAUCUUCCACUGGCCAGUUCGCACCGUGGAACCUAUCACCGCGCAUGAUACCUUUUCAGAAGAUACGGGAUGUGAGCUUCAGUAGUGUACACAAUCUGAAGUCAGAUGUGGCGUCGAGCGCAUGGUCUGCUGUUCUCCUUCAUCCUCUUAGAAAUGACAGAACUCCGCACCAUGGUCCGGAGACUACCCUGCCAGCUCAUCUCGUACUGCCUGCCAAUUCAAAGCAUCAGGUCGAUCUUGAAGUUCCUUAUCACAUGACUGCUUUCAUUGCCCGGCACUUCAAAAGACCGGAAGAUGGCGGAAGCACCAUAACUUUGACAUAUGCAGAGAGCUACGAGGACCGGCCAUCACUUGUCCCUUAUCUACGUCACAAGUCACACCGACAAGAUUACAGCAAGGACUUGUUCGGUCCGAGGGAUAUUUACGAGUUGCGUGGCCCGAACAUUGUGAAUGCCGUAGGAUACUAUGAUACAGAAGGCACGGAGGAGGUCGUACAACCCUUCCAUUUCCGGACCUUUCGUUUUAUCCGACUUCAGAUCGACGUAAGCACCUCUGAACUUGUCCUCGAGAAGAUAAGUCUCCAAGAAACCAACUAUCCUCUUGACGUUGUCGCUGCCGUGGACACAAACUCGGACAUAGAUGUCAAGCCACUGUGGGAGACCAGCGUCAGGACGCUCAAGAACUGCAUGCAUAACUGCUACGAAGACUGUCCAUUCUACGAACAGCUGCAAUACGCCAUGGACACCAGGAGCUCCAUACUCUUCACCUACUAUGUGUCCAGCGACAGCCGCCCCGCACAACAAGCAAUCAUACAACUGCGGAAUUCCUUUGUCGCGCAUGUUGGCCUCACGGCGAGCCGCGCACCUUCGCAUCGGCUGCAGAUCAUUCCUCAUUUCUCACUCUACUGGAUAUCCAUGGUGUGCGACCACUGGCUCUUCAACGGCGAUCGCUCAUUCACGAUGCAAUUCCUACCAAUCAUAGACGCGAUCCUGAAUUACUUCAAUAGCCGUUUGGACCCACGGCUGAACCUUAUGACGUCGGAGGAUCGGCCGGGAAUCUGGAACUACCACGAUUGGACGGAGGAAUGGCGGCCAUACGGAAUCCCCCCUUCAGUCGUAAAGACGGGGAUCUCUACGUACACGAAUGCGCUGUAUGCAUAUACGCUGAAGAAUGCUGCUUCAUUGUUGCAUGACCUCGAACGGUCUGCUCUGGCUGUAGAGUACUGUGGCCGCGCAGAUCUCGUGACUGAAGCAAUACUUCGGCACUGUUUCGAUGGUAAUUACUUUACCGACAGCCUAGCUGAGGCCACGCAAUGCGGAAGAUACUACAGCCAGCAUAGUCAAGCAUGGGCUGUUCUGUGUGGUGCUGCAAAAGGCGAGGCCGCUGCGAAAGUCCUACACGAUUCAUUGGACGAUAAAGCGAGCACUUUCAUUCCUACAUCGGUUUCAAUGUCAUUCUACAUGUUGCGGGCCCUGGCCAUGGCUGGCAAAGACACUUACAACGCCAACUUCCGUCGCUUCUGGGCUCCCUGGAGAGCGCAGCUCGCACUGGGACUAACCACUUGGGAGGAAGACAGUGUUUCGCAGCGCUCAGAUUGUCAUGCUUGGGCCAGUGCUCCGAUCUAUGAGUUUCUGGCUGAAGUCGCGGGAGUCAGGCCAGCUGAGCCUGGCUGGGCGGCGAUUUGCUUUAAACCUAGUAUCACGUUGUAUCGGGACUUCGAGGCAACUGUGCCAAUUCCAGCACAGAGGGGUCGUGAGCUGGGCCGCGUACACGUUGCCUGGGCUCCCACAGCUGACCACGAUGUGGAGGUGAGGCUGUCCAUUAUGGGUUGUAACGUUCCCGUGCACGUCAGGUUGUCCUCGCGACCCGUGCAGAUAGUCGUAGGUGGCCAGGAUUACACAUUCAUUGUACAUAGAAAGGAUAUCUAUGGUAGCCCAAGGAAGAACUCGAUGCUGUAA